AUGGCAUUUAUGAUUCGUAGGAGAAACUUGUUGAUUGGAAGAUCAGCUUGUGUGGGCUUGAAUCAAUUAUCAUAUCCACAAAGAGAGUAUUCAACUGGAAAUACUUAUGAGAAGAAUAAUGGCAAUGGUGAUGAUAUUAAACCAGAAAUCAAACCCAAUCCAAAAUUGGCUCCAUUAAAUAUCAUGGUAUUACCGGUUACUAAUAAAAAGAUUUUUCUAUAUUACAACUUCAAUCAGCAGUAUAACGUCCAUACAUAUCUGUCGUUAAAGACACUAAAGCCAGUUACAACUUCUACUUUUAAUCCUAAUUCUAAUUCAACUUUCAAUUUAGUUUCAGAGAAAUUCAAAGAAACCAAAUUAAAAGCUUCGAUUUAUUCGAAUAAGUUUAUAGUAAAAUUCAACAGUGUUUGGUUAGGUUUAUUAAAAUCCGAUAAAAGAUCAAUCAAGUAUUGUUGCAACUUGAUUCAAAAGCUAAUUGAUAAUAUCAACUGGAAUGAAAUAUGUUUAAGAUCAAUUCCAUCAAGAGAGGUUAUAUUGAGAGAAAUCCAAGUGGUGAGUGAUACCGAUAAGCAAAAAAAUAUUGAUAAUUUUCAUAAUGAUAUGAAUUAUAAUGGGAAUAGAGAUGAUGGCAAGGGAUAUUUGAAAAAGCACGAUGUUAAUGAAAUGUUGUUAAAAGAAUUGAAAUUGAAUCAUGAAAAGAGGGUUAAUUUUAUAUUAGAUAAUAAUAAUAAUAAUAAUUAUAAUGAUGGUGAUAACAAGAUUACAAUUACCCACGAUGAAAUGAUUAAUAAUAAGAUUAGUUUGAAUUUAAUCAAGCCAAUUCCAUUAUAUUUUCCAAAGGAAUUUAUUUCAAAUUUUGAAGUAUCUAAAAAACUUGAAAAAAUUUCGAUUAAUUCGACCAAUUAUCACACCAAACAAUUAAUUUAUUGUUUAGUUGGUAUUCCAUUAACCCUACCAAUUGCAGUUGUUCCCCUUAUACCAAAUUUUCCUGGGUUUUAUUUAUGUUAUCGAGCAUAUUGUCAUGUAAAAGCACUCGUUGGGUUGAAACAUUUAAAAUAUUUGCUAAACAAUGGAAGUAUAGAUUCUAGCAACUUGAAAAAUGGCAAAAGAAACAGUUUCUUGGACGAGAAUUACAUAACAGGAAAUUUGAUUUAUGAAGAUUUGAAAGAGUUCAAUGAUAUUUAUUCAAAAUAUAGUGGGAAUAGAAUUGAAUUCAAUAGCAGUCUCAACGAUAAAAAAGAGAAAAUGGUGAUUAAUAAAGAGAUGAUUGCAGAUAUUGUCCAAUUUACUGGGUUACAAGAUUUGAAAACACCUCUUGAGAUUGCGUACAAACAGGAGAGUAAGAAACGAAUUAUAAUUGUUGAGAAGAAAAAGAAUUGGAUUGAAGAUUUAAUUGAUAUUAAUAGUAAUAAAGUUGAAAUAAAUAAUAAUAAUAAUAAUUGA